AUGUAUAAUGCAAUUGAUGGGGUGGGAAGAGGGGGAAGUUAUUUGUAUGAGAAUGAUGGGGUGAUGAUGACAACAGACCCAAAGCCAAGAUUGAGGUGGACUGCUGAAUUACAUCAACAAUUUGUUGAUGCUGUCACAAAGCUUGGUGGUCCUGAUAAAGCAACUCCCAAAUUAGUACUGAGGUUGAUGGGCUUGAAGGGCUUGACACUAUACCAUUUGAAGAGUCAUUUGCAGAAGUAUAGACUUGGACAGCUGGCCAAGAAACAAAAUACAGCAGAGGCAAACAAAGAGAACAGCGGGGACUCCUCUGGACAGUUUGGUUUGCAUUCCUCAGGCCCCAGUACCUCUUCAUUAAGUAUGAACUUUAUGCAAGGAGAAGUCCCAACCACGGAGGCAGUAAUGUGUCAGAUUGAAGUUCAGAAAAGAUUACAGGAGCAGCUUCAGGUGCAACAGAAACUGCAAAUGAGAAUAGAAGCACAGGGUAAGUAUUUGCAAGCAAUAUUAGAUAAAGCUCAGAAGAGCCUUCCAGAUAACAUGAACUCUCCUAGUGCACCGGAAGCAACAAGAGCCCAUCUCACUACUUUCAAUUCACCUCUGUCAAAUUUAAUGGAUUACACAGUACAUGGAGAGAACCGGGACAACAACAUAGAGCAAAAGAAGGAUAUGAAUCUUUAUAAGCUCAAAGAAGAUUCCAUUAAUUUCGAUUUGAACUCCAGAAGUAGCUAUAUAUGAUUUU